AUGUCGCUACAAUUUGAAUUGCUUACGGAAAGUCCAGCACAAUGGACACCCGCCUUGUACGUUAUACCAGAAGUACAGAAGAAGGAAAUUAAACCGUUUUUUAUUUUAACUCUAAAGGAGUUGGAAGGCAAACCAGACAGUAGAGUUUCCAAUUUGACAAAUGCCGACAAGUAUUCAGCUGUGAGGGCUGUUGUGAGGCAUGUGGCAAGACUGCGAUCUGCCAUUAAAGAACCUUGGAAUCAAACGGACAUACAAAUUUUUUUAGAGAAUCUAAGGUUUAGUCCAGAAUGCAUAGAGGAGCUGACGUCAUUGCUGUGCACAGAUAAAAUAUAUGAGAGCAUUCCGAAACAUUUACGAGUGAAGCCGGGUGUGGUCAGUUUGCAAUGGCGAAUAGACGUCUCAUUAUGCCAAAACAACAUCUGCGCAGAAAACGCGGACCCGCAUAGGUGCAAGGAGAUAAUGCAACAAUGCACCAACAUCAUCCUCAUUUUCAAGUUGACAAACGGACAGACAAACACGUACAGACUGUCCAUUGCAAAGUUCCACGAGUUGAGGUUUGUUAUCGCAAGCGCUUUAAAGUCCAUGAUUGUGCUAGAGAAGAGGAAGUGCAUGAGGACAGAU